CCAGCAAAGUGUAGCUCCGCUACAUAUUUUUUUCUUAAAGUGGGUUCCUCUCCAGCCAGCAAAAUUUCACCCAAAAGCAGACAACAGGAUCGUCCUGCGCUGACGCGGCUGGUCGGCAGGAAGCGGCUGGUGGCGGCGGGGGUCCUGGGGGUCGUUAUGGUUCUGGUUUUGGUUAUCCUCAUCCCAGUUCUCGUCAACACAGCGGGGACAGCGGCGCACUACGAGAUGCUCGGUACCUGUAGGAUGGUGUGCGACCCUUAUGGCACCAAAUCUCCGAGCAGCACCGCUACGGCAGACACGGUCAGAGACAGCAGCCUCGUGCAGUCUUUACCCACUUUUAUCCAAGGUCCAAAAGGGGAACCAGGUCGUCCAGGUAAGGCAGGUCCGAGGGGACCUCCCGGCGAAGCAGGACAGCCCGGCCCAGCGGGGCCACCUGGAGAGAAAGGUGAUCCGGGCAGACCUGGUUUACCAGGACCUCCAGGACCCAGCGCUGCUGCCGGUGCAAUAAGCGCAGCCACCUACAGCACCGUCCCCAAGAUCGCCUUUUACGCAGGGCUGAAAAAGCAACACGAGGGCUACGAGAUGCUCAAGUUCGACGACGUGGUGACAAACCUGGGAAACCAUUACGAUCCGACCACCGGGAAGUUCACGUGCUCCAUCCCCGGGAUUUAUUUCUUCACUUACCACGUCCUGAUGCGCGGAGGGGACGGCACCAGUAUGUGGGCUGAUCUGUGCAAAAACAACCAGGUGCGUGCCAGUGCCAUAGCCCAGGAUGCAGACCAGAACUAUGACUAUGCCAGUAACAGCGCUGUGCUGCAUCUGGAACCAGGAGACGAGGUCUAUAUUAAACUCGAUGGUGGCAAAGCUCAUGGAGGCAACAACAACAAGUACAGCACGUUCUCUGGAUUCAUCAUCUAUGCUGAUUAGACAACAACACAUCCUUCAGCUAUUACAAUCCUCAUGGCCCAGUCCUUCUACAAAUUUUCCCAUGCAAAUAAGAGGCUCAGACUUUUAAACAUGUGCGGAAAAAACCACUACAGUCUUCAUAACCUGCAUAUUAUUUUAUUUUCUACAUUCUGCCAUCAUCACAGUCCUGAGUGCAAGUGACUUUGGACUAUAACAUUGAUGAAAUGGUUGAAUUGUGUGGAUCAAAUCAUAUAACCUAUAAUCAUAAACUAUAUUUAUGGUGAUAAUUAAUAGGUAAGCUGUUAAUGUGUGUGCUAUUUCCUUUUUUAUAUAUAAUGCUGUGAAGAUAGCAAGGAAAAGCUGAACAACACUUGAAGUGCAAUAUGAUACACUGGAAGAAGAUUAUAAUUCCUUCACAGUAUUUGAGCCUGUUCACAGGAUACAAUAUAUAUUUUUUCUCAUGUUCUGAUUUUAAUAUUAAUCAUUAUCUACUGAUGAUGGUGAUUCCCCAUCAUUGGUUUGCAGCACCACUUCCAUUAAAGCAUUAUUGAAAUUCUUUCAUGAAUGGAUUUUACACAAUUGACAAAUCUUAAGCCUGUUCAGAACAGAACAGAAGCACUGUUGCUUAUACCACUGGUUCCCAACCUGGGGGUCCCCAGAGCUUCCUAAGCAGUUGCAAAGCCUUCUUGAUUUUUAAGGGGUAAAAGAAAAACUCACAGACAAAAAAAAAUAUCACUCUUUAAGUUACUGAAGUACAUGGUUAAAACAAUCAAAGAGUUAAUAGGACAACAAGAAGAUGACAAGGAAACACUGAAUUUGUCAAAAAAGGCUAUAAGUUUAAGUAUUUAUGAUUGCUUAAUAAAUACAUAAUACAAUCAGAAAAUUGUACAAAAAGCUCCUAAAAUUUGAUGUUAUAGCCACAGGAAAUAAUCUACUUGUCUCAAGAUGCUCUUUACUCUAAAUCCCACAUUUCCUUUCCGAUGACUGUGGGCUAUUUCUGUCAUAGGUAAUACAUGUUUCAGCAAUAAUGUCAAAAGGAGGAACUACCGGCAUCUGUGUGUGCAGCCAUUCUAGUCACGAUUGAGCUGAUUUUGGCUUAGCCCUUUAAAAUCAAAUCCAAUCAGACAUAAUUUAAUUAUGUUUUCCACAAUUAAGCAGAAAAUACAAUACAAUACAAAUUAAAACAAAAUAUAGUUAGUUAUCAACAUUAUUUAUCUAUUGUUGACAUUGGUCCCUUAAGGAUAAAGGUUGGGAACCACAUACUCACAAAACACUUAAUAUCAGGUUUCUUUUAUGUCCAGUAGCCCCACAUGUUUCUGGAUAACUCUCUUUAAUUUUAUUUAUUAAUUGUAUUAUUCCUCUCAGCUCCUGAAUGCUCGGUGCUCAUUUUUGCUCUGUGUUCCAACAAUUGAGCGACCCCCAGUCAGAACCUUGGUCAACUUUCUCAUUUUCUGUAAUUACACAUGCUAUGUACUAGGCUUGUCUAUGUUGAAAAGACAACCAUAUUUUGAAGAUGGUUAAAAGAUAAGGGACAUAGGCUAUAGAUAAUCAUAUUUUAAGCAAGUUAAUGUUAACAAAACUGUUACUAACUAGCUAGCUAAUCUACAUUAAUUAGAUAACUGAUUUGAUAGCGGAUGUUAGCAAAAUGCAAGGUAAUUAGCUAGCUAAUGAUUAAUGUAGAUUAGCUAUCUUGUUAGCUAGCAUUUUGUUGACAUUAGCUAACAGUAGCUAAGCUGAGAUGUGAUUAUAUAUGUAUAUUUUGUGUAUUUUUUUGAUUUAUACAAAUUUUGAAGAUGGCUAAAAUGUAAAAAUGAUAUACACAAAGUCGACCAAGGUUCCAAAAAGGGGCGGGACUUAGGAAGGAUCAAUUGUGCCAUGUAGCCCACAGUAUUUGUAUUUGCUUAAGUGCUGGGAUGUCAUUAUUCAAGUGUGUCCCAGUGAGCUCUAAUAAACGUCCACACAAUAAUGGCACUGUGGCAAAUACCAGAAAUACAUCAAACAAGCAGAGGCUUGAUUACUCCCACAUACCACAAGUGUGGGUAUUAGUACCGCUACAUAGUCACUCCAGCUUACCAACCCUACUGCACUUUCUUGCUUAUUGACCCACCCACUGCAUUCCACUCCACUCCAUCUACUUAAAGAAACAGUAAAAAAAAAAAAAAUGGAAAUCCAAGACAGCUUCUAUGGGUGUAAACAUUUAAUUUCACUGCCAAGGACCACACCAUACAUAAGAUAUGUCUGAAUGAUUAUUAACAAAACAAAAAGAUAAUGAGCAAAGCUUUAAAUCUUGUAUUUUUUCCGAUGCUGCGCCAUUUGUUAAACCAAAUACAGAUAUGAAUACAGAUAUUUUUGUGACAUAGACAGAUACAUGGUAUAGAUACAGAUAUGAGCUUUGUGUGGCACCCCAACAUUUUAACAAAAGUUAUAGAUUAAUUUCAGAAUCAGAAUCAGAAAUACUUUAUUGAUUGAUUGAUUUGUUCGUUACAGUUGUUCAAGGUGCUCACACAAUGUUAAAGAAUAGAAAUAAUAUUUAUAUUACAAUCGAACACAAUAUAUAUAGAAUAGAAAUGGACUGUACUUGUUUAGCGCCUUUCUAGUCUUCCAACCACUCAAAGCGCUGUACACUACAUGCCACGCUCACCCAUCCACACACAUUUAUACACUGAUGGCAGUGGCUGCCAUGCAAGGUGCGACUUACACUUUACCGGUGAUCAAACCACCAACCUUCUGAUUAGUGGAUGACCCGCUCUACCUCUGAGCCACAACCGCCCACAAAUGUAUAUAUAGGUAUAUACAUAUGAGUAAAAAAUAUAAAUAAAAAUGGAAAUGGAAAUAAUAAUAAUAAGAGCCUAUGCCCCUUAUAGUAAUAAUAAUAAAAUAUAUACUGCUGAAAUAUACAAAGUAAUGUAUGCCACAGUAUGUGACUGAUAGAAAUUAAAUGAGUAAUAGUAGUGAGUUUUUUGUGGAAGAUUGUGGUAUUGCAGAAGUUAUAAAUUAUUACAAAGAAUGAGGGAAUAAUUAUAAGAAUUACAUAAUAAUUACAAAGAAUUGAUUAGCAUUGCUAUUAUUAUUUCCAAAUUUUCUACAGAUAACAUUGUUAUUGUGAAUUAUUUUGACCUAAACCAUGAGAAAAAUCUGAUAUUGUGACAGUCUGUGCUAGUCUUCGACCAACAAUUGCUAGGCUAGACUGUGCACAACACACAAGAUAAACAAAGAUACUCCUUCCUAUUUAAAUGCUUUGUGCUAAAUUAAACAUAAUGAAAGUGUUUUCCCACAGCAAACUACUGUACACUAAAUUAUUAUGUAAGUUGCUUUAAUUCAGUGCUUCCUGAGAUUCAGUGGUGAGUUUUUAAAAGCUGUUAAGGGCAUACAGCUCACAUACCUUUAGGUAUAGUCUAGACCUACUGAAACAAAUAAAAUUGAAUUGAAAAUGGAAUAUGAAAUCUUUAAUGAAUCAGUUAUAACCAACCAACUAUGGCUGUUGGUCAUUGACAGUAGUGGUUGUACCUUUGGCCUUAUAAUCACAAAGGUUGCCAGAGCAGACUGAAUGUGCACACAUUCUUUUUUUUGCCCAUGAAUGCAUCAUGACUGGAAGAUGUAUGAUGUUACAUGAAACCAACAUACAUAAUAUUGGUACAGUAUCUAUCAAAGUAGAAAUAGCUCUGAUUAAAAAAUGUGGUGAAAUAAAAAAGAAAGUCCCUAAACAUCAACAGUAUAGUGUAAAUAUAGUAAUAGACUUUUGUCUGACGACAUGGUUGUGCUGGCACCAGUGCUUCUAUUUGGCUGGGAACCAGUGACUCACGGUACUAACUAGCUACAAAUAUGGAAACUGCAAGAAACAUUUCAGGGUUUCUUCACAUGGCAUCACAACAAAUGAAUGACGAAUUAAUGUUUACCAGUUCCAACCAAGAAGCAACCAUGGCUCCAAUAUGUCUACAAGACUCUAUUAUGUUUAUUUAAGUUGUUUGCUUGAUUGACUGUGUUCACUCCUAACUUGUCAAAUUCUGUAGUUUGGUCAGUGGCCCUCUGCUCCAAAAUAUGACACCGUAGGUAUCCCUUGCGAUGCGCCGCCAGAUGUAGCCUAGUGUAAAGAGCAAAACAUUUUUUUUUAAUUAUGUAUGUAAUUAACUGACCAAGUAGUUUUUGUCCAUAAUCUUAACCAAAUUGCGUCUGUUUCACGUUUACCACACAAGCAUUAUUUUGAAACUCUUACUGGACAUUGUAUAAUUAUCAUUGCUAACUUCACCGUAGAGCCCUGCAUGUCCAGAAAUAAAGGGAAGGGGCUACCUACAAAGUCCAGUUUUGUAGCAGAAAGAUGAGAGUGAGAAUGUGUUGGUGUACUGCACUUUUUUUUUUACCUGUCCGUAUGUUUCUGAAAGAUUUAAGGAGAGGAAUAGGCAAUGCAAUAAAAGAGUCUUGGUUCAUAUUUGAUCAGCAGUCUAGUUGGACUGAUCUGAGUUUUGUGCGCUGGAUGGACUCACUGAGAAUGACUUGUUAAUCACAAGGUAGCAACGCCCUAACAGCAUACUCUGCUUUAUCAUUUAUUUUACUAUAAAUGGGACCAUAAUUUACAAAAUGAACAUCAUGCUAUACUGAAGAAGACUUGAAACUAGCCAUAGAGAUAAUAAACUCAUUAGGAAACUUGAGUUUAUUAUAUAUAGUUUACUGAACUAAUAAAUCAAGUCAGAAAUAGGGUAAUUUCUCCUUAAAGCCCAGUUCUAUUGGAUUUCUUUUUUGCAGCCCAUGGAGCUGCUUCCUGCUGGCCAUUAGAAAGACUGCAGGUUUAAGGCACUUUCGCAUUGGCUUCAUUUCACAGACCCGGGACCUCUGUCCACUAACUUGCUGUCAAUGGUCUGUACUUAGUUUUGAUGCAUUGCUUUUCCUCCAAACUUGUCAUCAACAGUAUUAAGCUACUUUACAUAAAACAGCUAUGACAUCAUCACUUUUUUUCUUGACCAUAUAAAUUGGUUUUCCUAGGAAAUGUAUUACAUAUUGUUAUUUUAUAUAUAUGGAGUUGUAAUAACAGUGUGUAUUGCAAUGUGAACUGAAAGCACUAUGCAGAAAUAGAGAAUAAUUUAUCAAUCUACAGUGUCAUGUAUCUGAAAAAAAGAAAAUGUGGAUCCCUGUUGGGAAUCAUGUGUAAAUACUGUACCUAUCCCAUGUAUAGAAUGCCAGGAGAGAGCCGAGGAAAUGAUUUUAAGUAACUGAUUAAUCCACUCAUUAAGUCAGUAAUCACUAAUCGUCUUGAAGUUAUAGCCUCACCAGUGUAUUCGUGUGAAAGGCAUAUCUAUGGUAGAUACAGUGUCAGGUAUGUGCAAUACUAUAAAAACUUGCACUCUUCUUUUGUCUACAGUCACCUGUGUACUGUUACCUCAACCAUGUCUCCAUUAAAUGGAUGGAAGUAAAA